AUGGUGAGCGCUCUCCUAUUCUUGCAGUCUUUCGGUCUUGUGGCUAACCAAACCCAGGGAUCUCCCACCGUCUAUCUAGAACAAGUCCCUGGCAUAAAUGAGGUUACCGAUGCUAUAAAGGCAGUACUCAAGACGACCAAUAUCUUGUCAUUUGACGCUGUUAUUCCUAACGAGAUAGGAGGAAUGAAUUCUUUUGAGGCACUCUAA